UUGAACAGUGCCUUGGACUCAAAUCCCACCACUCACAGCCCAUUGGAUUCUGAGAAGUGCUUCUGUCUGAGAAGAAUCUCAUCCCAGAAGGAGGAAGAAGAGCAGAGCCUGAGUUCUGUGUUGGAGCUGAGGCUCUUCUCAGAAAGAGGACAGCAAGUGAGAAGAUUGAUGGAGUCCUCUGUGCUUCUUUGCAAGGGGUGUACCCCCUGGCAGAGGCUUCUGCUCACAGCCUUCCUUUUAACCUUCUGGCUCCUCUCCACCACUGCCCAUGAGACCACUGUGUCAGUGCCACCCAUAGUGUCUGAAGGAGAUGACGUCCUGUUCCUUGUCCACAAUCUGCCAGGGGAAAUCGAAUCCUUAGCCUGGUUCAAAGGGCUAGGAGAUGAGGCAGAAGAAAUUGCAACAUAUGCACUGCACAGAGGUUUAAGCAGGCCAGGUCCUGCGCACAGCAGUAGAGAGACAAUAUAUCACAACGGAUCCAUGCUGUUUGAGAAGGUCAACCUGAAGGACACAGAAUUCUAUACCCUACGAACCUAUAAUAGAAGUGGAAAAAUCAUAUCAACAGCAAACGUGUACCUCAAUGUGUAUGCUUUCCUUUGGAAGUGUGGGUGCCUUGCUCCCUCUGCCCAGACCACUGUUGAAUCACUGCCAUCCAGCGUUGCUGAAGGGGGAAAUGCUCUUCUACUUGUACACAAUCUCCCGGAGAAUAUUUUAGAGUUUCUCUGGUAUAAAGGAGAGGUUGACUCCAAGAACCUUUUGGCUACGCAACCUGUACCAGCCAAGAAACCAACUGUGUGGGGGCCUGCGUACAGUGGCAGAGAGACAUUGCACAGUGAUGGAUCCCUGCUGCUUCAUGAUGUCACUGAGAAAGACCAUGGAUUGUACACACUCCGAAUUCUGAGAACAGAUAUGGGAAUUGAAGAAGCACAAGUGCAACUCCAUGUGGACAGUUCCCAUUCUCUGUUCUGUGACACUCUUACUUCUUCCCAACUCAUGAUCCAAGCAGAGCCUCGGUAUGUUUCUGAAGGUGAAGACGUACUUCUCCAAGUUCAUAAUCUUCCAGAAGAUGUGCAAGCCUUUUCCUGGCAUAAAUCAAAAGAUGGGAGCCCAAUUUUUAAACUCAACAGAGCCAUGCCUUCCAUCUCCUGGGACGUUGCACAGAGAACAAAAGGGAUGGCGUUCCAAAAUGGAUCUCUGUUGCUCCAGGAUAUCACUGAAAAAGAUGCAGGAAUCUACACGCUAGAAGUUUUAAACAAAGAUUUCAAAAUCGAAAAAGCAUACGUGAAAUUUUAUGUAAAGAAGCCUGUGACAGAGCCCUUUGUGCAAAUCACUGACACCACAGUCACAGGAGGUACAUCUGUGACCUUCACCUGCGUUUCACCCAACACUGAUGUCUCCAUCCGUUGGAUCUACAAGAAGAAGAAUCUGCAGCUCACAGAGAGGAUGACUCUUUCCCCAACAAAGUGUGGGCUCAGAAUAGAUCCUGUCAGGAGGGAGGAUGCUGGAGAGUAUCAGUGUGAGAUCUCCAACCGCUUCGGUUUGAAGACCAGUCCUCCAGUCUCCUGGCCGUGACGAGUGUCGCGGCUGUAGAGUCUCGACUAGCAGUGAUGCAACUGGUGGCGACACGGAUGGCCCUGAGCUGCUUUAGUUUCCUGCCUUUAAAUGCUGAGAAAUAUGCUUGGCUUCCCAAAUUAAAAACAAUUAAAUCAAUUCCAUACACGGAACAAGAAGCUGCACAAGAGACACCAUGGGGCAAGGAAUACAGAAAUGGGGGUGGGAGGCAUGCAUGUGUUUGGGAAAUUUCCAAGUCAAUGUACUCAGUUAGCACUACUGUGGUGGGACCAUACAAAAAAACUACUUAGGUAAAAGCAAGCCAAGUGAGAAAGGUUGGAAUACUUUCUGGGCUGUGGACCAUUUAGGCCAUUUAGGCUGUCCACCUAUUAAGUGUGGAGUCCGAGUCAAUGUGGGGCCAGAUGAAGAAGGACACUUAAAAGAAAUCCCACACUAGGUCAUUCUCCAGCACCAAGCCUGCUUG